AUGGCUGUUUCAAGGUAAGAGAGUGAUGUUGUAUGUAGUUGAAAAUGAAAUUUAGGGUAAAAUAGUUUCAAUCUACAGCUAGUUUGAAUGUCAAUUUUUACAUUAUCUCCUAACCCUAAUUAUUAUUCAUGUUAACCUUAUUAUUUAUGAUGUGAAUAAUAUUAUUAUUAGUGUUACUAGGAGACAAAGGAAACUGAUGAUGCCAUUCAUGAUUAAUAAAUAUAAUAAUAUUAUUAGGGCUAGUACAUGUAAAUUGAAAAUCUAACAAGUUUGAAACCAAUUUAAUUAACUUGUAUUUAAUUUUGGAAUUACAUCAGGUACAGUAAAAACCUGCGACUAAGAACCUUGGUUUCUAAGAACACUGUAUCCGAAAAUUUGCCCAUUAGGCACCCUCUAUACAGGAACCUGUUAGUCUAAAAUUUGAAAGAGGUUCUUAUUUUCUAAAAUCUAUAAAAAAUCUGUACACUUGGCCAAAAUUAAUACAUUGUAAGAUACAGUGUAAGUCAACAUUCAGGAUCCUCUCUGGAGACAUAGGUGCCUUAUAGCUUCAAAUACAGCACUAAUUUAGUAUGCAAGUUUUAUUUAGGAAUAAUCUGAAUACAACUAAAUACUCUUAGUUACAUUUUUUUUCUUUAGAAAAUAAGAACCAAUUUCUAAGAACUGUAAAUAGCCUAAAGUUGCUCUAAUUACCAUUUACGUAAGAACCUACUUAGGCUACAAGAUUGUAACUUGGGAAAAGGCGGGUUCUUACUUGGGUAUUUUUUCUGAAAGUACUCCAGAUAUGUGAACCUGUGGAUAUUAGCAUUAUUCACAGAGACCUUCUCUAUUUCAUCACACCUCAUGCACCUCACCUCACAUCACUAACCCACCUCUGAUUCCACCUGCAUUUACUCCUCACCCCUCUUCCCAUAGUACAUGCACUCACAAUUGACCCAACCCCCCCUCCCAAAUUAGAUUUUGAGCUCAACUGUUAUCUCUAUAUUGUGUUUAUUAGCUCUUUCACUUCCAGAUCAAGUUAUGACAGGAUUGUUUGUCAUUCUAACUUUUAAAUCGGUGGACAAAAAUCUGUGAUGUUAACAUUCAAAUAAAAACUCUUUGGCAGAGCUUUUGCAUGGUGAUAUUUAUGUAUCAGUCAAAUCGAAGCUUCAACAUUCCCCCCCCGCCCCCCGGUAUACCCCGGGCAUUUGACACCUUUGCCAUCCCGGGGAGGAGGGAAUUUGAUUAUCAGAGUCUUCCAGGGGGUGGGGAAUGUUGAUCCCCAUGCGUUAGGAUUGGGGAAUUUGAACUGCACCCUCGAUUUCAUGUGAAAUCUCUGACCUGGCGAGCUGUCAUGGGGGACGCAUGAUGUAGUAAUCCCUGGGAGUAAUCUCAAUAGGUGGGAUUUUUUUUAAAGAACGCUUUGUAUGUUGCAUGACACAUGACGAAACUCUGAGCCUUCACUGACCUUGUAGCAGUGAUUUGCGCCACUUUGCUCGAGACUUUUGUGCAUAGUAAAUAUGCUAACAGUGCUACUCAGUUUUGUUAUUUUGAAUGUGAAUUAUUUGCUGUAUUUAUAAAGAUUUUGUUCGAUAACUGAAGGCGUUUCUGCCGUCCUUCUGUCACUUAUGUGCCUGUGAAAUGUCCCCAGGGUGGGGGCAUGUGAUUACCUGAAUGGACCCUAGUGUGGGGCAUUUGAACGGCAUUUUGGCCCCGGUAGGGGGGAAUUUGAACAAUAAUUUUUAAAAAAGUCAAAUGCCCAGGGGAUUGCCCAGUUGGGGGGGGGUGAUGAUGAAGCUUCGAUUUGACCGAUACAUUAUUUCUUAAAAUUCUUCACAAAGAAAUGUGAAAUUUUGGAAUAUUUUCCAUUGGCCAUGAUUAUUAGUGAAAGGGUCAUUGAAAACCAUUCUUAUUGUUGUUUGUUAUUGUUUCUGUAGGAGAGCUAAGAUAUCCCCCUGUACGCUGAUGAUGGGAAUUCUUUAUUCUGAGCGGCUGCGACAGAAGAACCCUGAUUAUCUCAAAAGGGUUUCCUCAUCUGAUUUGUUUCUAAUAUCCAUGGUGAGUCAUCUUUACCAAUACUUCCUAUGUUUUCUCAGGAAUAUGGUAAUAGUCACGAGAUGAUGGAAUAGGCUUGGCUUAGUCCUGGACCAAACAUCAAACUUUUCUUCAUGAGACAAACCAAACUUAAGAGUUCAGUUCAUAAAAAGUUCGAUGUCUGGCUCAGCUAAGUUCAUCUGAAUGAGUUUGGAUCAUGCAGUAUGUUCUAUCCAUGUGCUUCAGAUGGAUAAAAUGUCUAAAGAUCGUCUCCAGGACAAACAUCGGUCUUCACAUGCGACAAGAUACCGUGUAGCAUGAAAAUUUUGCGGGUUCUAAUUUUUGCGAAUUUUGCGGAUUGAGCUCAAUCCACAAAAUAAAACUCCCGCAAAAUUUUCAUGCUACGCGGUAAACAAAUAUGUCAAAGAAUUUGUAUGAUAAUGUAUAUUUAACCUUGUUCGGGAGGAAAUUUAUUAAAAUUGCUUUCUGGCCUGAUCCAUUUUAUUAGUUCAAUGCGUCUUAAGUUCAACACCCAACAGACGAUCUUAAUUAAGUCAACCAAAAUUAGAGUUUAGUUGUCUCAUGAAAAGUUUGAUGAAAAGUUUGACCUUAGAUGAAAUCACCUAAUGUAAAGACAGGGAUGCCCCGCUCAAGGUGUUGAUCAGGGCUGUCAAUACAAUUUCAAGUUGCCAGGUGGAUGCAAUCUGUAGGCGGGAAAAUGAACAGCUAGGAAGUUCUGUUUUUUCUUUGUUUAUUUUCUUUUUGUUUUCCUGUGAAAGUAGCCGAGGGUUACGUUCAUCAUACAUGUACAUGUAGUAAAAAAUGUGUGGCCCUUUGUGGCAGCCCUGUUGAUCAAGAUUGAAGAAAUGUUGCAUCUCUUUUUUUCAGGAAACAGUCUAUCGUGCCAUAGUGAAUGGUGAAAUAUACAUUUAACAUGUUAUUGAAUUGUAAAAUGAUAAUACUGAAGUAUUAUUGUUUGCGUCAUGAUGUAGUUACUGUACAGCUUUACCAACAUCUCUUCUACAAUAACUUUACAUAAAUACUAACUUGUGAUCAGAGCUUUCAGUUUUAGUUAUUUAGUGCAUUAGAGCAGCAUGCAAAGAAAGUCAUGUCCAUUAGCCAGGGGCUAGUGGAUUUUGCUAUCAGGCUGGUGAAAUCUGUUCUUAACUUGCUCAAUGGACAAAUGAACUUUUUGGGGGAAUUCAAAUUAAAAAAGGACUGUAAUCAGUCCCAUUAAUUUUGUCAAAAUUUUUUGUCAUGCUGGUUAUAAUGACUCUUGUGCGUGGUAGCACAUGCUACUGUAGCUACAGUUUGCCCUUUGUACUCUCUCUGGCUAAUAAGUAUUGUUGUAAAUAAGUCUUUGUUAUUAUUGUCUUACAGAUGGUGGCAUCAAAGUACCUGUAUGAUGAAGGAGAAGAUGAAGAAGUCUUCAAUGAUGACUGGGCAAAAGCAGGCAAGUAACUGUCUGUAGUGACAUCUUUGGUCAUCUGUCUUUUAGGCUAUGUUCACUGUAUACCGAAUACCCUUUGCAACAGCACGAAAACUGUACCAGAUAAGGCCUCUGUUCACAGAUAAGAACAGUGAUUAAUGGAGCAAAGGUGCACUGCACCAAUCUCUUAAGUGGAGUCACAUAUAGGAUAUUAUUAUUCAUUCAAAAUAUUUCUCCUUUUCUGAUUGACUAAAAGCACACUCAUAAUUCAUCAAAACAAGCUACUGUUGCCCAAAUUUGGAAGAAUGUUUUGAUAUUGAACCGAUUCAUGACAUCAAAAGUGCAGCAAAGUUGCAGGUUAUUGAAUCAUUAAACGAGAAGUCCUGGGGACGAGGUUGAGUUGUUUUGGCAGUGAGAACAAAAAUGGCGGACAUUUCACUCGUUUUACCAGGAAUAAAUAGGCAAACUAUUGGCUAAAAACAUAGCAAGAACAGCAAGAAGACAACUCCAGCGGUAACAUCUGCUAUUUGGAGAAUAUUUGCCGAGCUAAACAAUCCUUUAGCUCCUAAACGUUAAGAUUAAUGAGCUCUGUCAAAGAUGAACAUAACAUCAAUGGAGAUGUUUUAGCUUGUUUAACCUGGGAAUUAUUUUGUAUGAAUAAUAAAACAGUUAUACAGGAGAGCUUUUUGUGUUAGUGCAGAAAGCUAUCCUGUUAAUUUUAAACAUAGUCAUUGCUCUUAUUUAAUUUGUGCUUAAAGCCAUUAUUGUAAAAUUGUCAAGCUGUAUGGUCCAAUAAAUAAAUAAAGACAUGUCUGUAAAUUAUGGUAAUUUGUCUUUUAGUCCUCUGGAGCCAUAUAGUAAAAUUAUCAUGCAAUGAUUAUGCGGAUACAAUAAAAAAUAUACUUUCUACAGUGUCUGAUCUAGGAUUUUCUGCUAGGGGAGGCAAUGUGUCCUAGUCAACAAUUUUCAGAGGGACUUUUCGUUUUUUGGGUGGUCACUAUAUUUUUUUUUAUUCUAAUGUACUGUGUGUUAUGUUAUCAGCAAAUGCAAUGUUCGAGAGUGAAUUGAACAUACAGUCAUUAUCUAGAGGGAAAAUAAAAUAUUAGUUUAUUCACGUGAGGUUGAUUUGAGAUUUGAUUUGUGGAAAAGCAAAAGAACAUACCCUUUGGUGGAUCAAACUUCAGACUUUUGUACAGUGAUCUUCUCUAGCCAACUCUGUUGAAAGUGGACGUUUCUGCUGUUUCUUCUUUAAGUUGUGGCCCAAAAAAUGCUGAAAGCCUUCUUUGUUUUAACAUCACUUUGCAUUUACGCACAUCAAGCGAGGGGCUCUCAAUUAAGCACGUGGGUCUACAUAAUCUACCCCCUAUAGGGUUUAUUCAAAUUAGUUGCUGGCAGCCUAAGAAAAUUGAUCCUUUUACAUACAUCGUAUUCUCUAGAUUUUGGUUCAUGCUUUACUUUCAACCUUCUGAAAUUGAAACCAAAAUAUUGUUUUAACCCUUUAAGUCCCAAUAGUGACCAAGAUCAAAUUUCUCCAAACAAUAUCCAUACACUGUUAAGAGAUAAGUUAUGAGAAUUAAUAAAAUGAUCACACAAGAGAAAAUGCCUUGAUCUUUUAUCAAAUUCUCUCUACUUAUUCUUUAUGGAAAUGUAUAGAGAUCAGUUUGGAGAAUUUGUAUGUGAUACCGGGGCUCAAAGGGUUAAGAAGAUUUUGCACGAGGAGAAAUUACAUUUCCUUGUGUCUUUUUCUUUUGAAACACAAUUUGAAGUGCAUCAAAAUGACCCAGAACAGGUAUUUGAAAGGGACAUCUUUGCUCAAACUGUGCAAUCCCACAAUGGCGCACUCUUGAUCAACACUGUAUCUACUCAUUACUGUGCGACUUACUUGAACUGGGGCACUUAGAAGAAGAUUGUCCAAUCACAAAAGAUUCUCAAGUUUUUUGGCAAACAGACCAAUAAAAUUCUAGGUUCAAGUAAGCAACCAUUGAAAACUUUAAAAAAAUUAAUGUCAUUGGUCCUCUUGCCUAAAAACUUGAAAAUCUUUUGUUUUCAGAAAUCGUUGUGAUUGGACAAUCUUCGAGCUGUCACAUUUCAACAUGCUGAAAUAUGCUUUGAGGCUGCAACCAAGAGUGCUCGGAACCUGCGCCGAAUUCAGCUGCUACUAGAGAGCUUAAGCUUCAUGUAUACAGCGAAAUUAAUGUGAAAUGGCAGUGAUGACCAUGUGACCAUUGUCCUCACUGUUUGUAAUACCAUCUUUUCGCAGUGUUUUUAGGAUCAUGAGUGUUAGGAAGAAAAGUAUUCUUGUUGAUGAUCAUUCACAUUAGCCCUCAUAUCAUGGGCCAUCAUCGCCAUUUUUAUGUCUGCCAUUUGACGUAAACAUGAUGCUUGACCUCUCUACUGACUGCCAUGAGCCUCUCCACUGCUCUUUGUUGUUGAUUCAGUUAAAUUGCUCUUAACCACUCAGACAUGCCAGUAAAAUUUUUGGAGUCGGCUGAUUAAAUAUCUGUUUUGUUUUGAUUUCAGGAAAUAGGACUGUGAAUGAGGUAAACAAAUUGGAAAUGGAGUUUCUGGCUUCCAUUGUGAGUGAUGGCUUUUGUGUCAGUUUUAUUUUAGUCGACUCUGCUCUAUUCCUAAGAUUCUGCUUUGUCAGUUUUUGGCAAGGACACUGGUUUUGUGAGGUUGUUCCUUCCUUCCUUCCUUGUUUUUUUGUCACAGCCUGAUUUCUAUAAAUGACCUAAUUAAUUUUAGGGGUCCAAAAAGGGGUAUUCAAUAGAUAGGAGGCGUUUGUUCUCAUAACUGUAACAAACUCAACAAAGCUAAUAUGCUUUUGGCGAAAAUAUUAAGAGAGUUGUGCCCUUUUUUUGCUAAUUCAUAGUAUUUUGGAGUAAUUCUCAUAUCGGUUGCCCCUUCACUCUCGCCGUAGAUCCACCCCUGGCCUGAUAGCUAACCAACAAACGUUUCUGCAACACAAGAAACAGUCCUUCAAACCCUUUGUGCAGAACAUUCAGCAUUUCUUUUUGUUACUGACUUUUAGGACUGGAGCCUUUUCAUCAGCAAUGAGGAUUUCUUGGAUUUUGUCAACAAAGUGGAAUCAAGGUAUUAUUGGGUGUUAUCGUACAUGUAGGAAUAAAAUUAAUGAUACAGCCCGGAAAGUGACAAUGCUUACAAGAGCUUUUCAUUACAAAGUUUAAGUCACAAUUCAAACAGGGUUUCAAAGGUGGUCAUAACUAGAGCUGGCCACACAAGAGUGGUCGCAAGGAGAGUAUCGACUGUAUUAUUAAGACAAUCUAAGAUCAUGGCAUUUUAAUUCCACAGAGUAGCAACUACACAUGGACUUGGCCGUGGAUGGUUCACUUACGGAGACCUUGGCACACUGCUUGAUAAUGCAAAUUUUUUGAAAACUCUGGGGAUUUUCAGGAUGGAAAUUCUAAAGGUAGGUAGUCUAAUUUUAGGGGUGUUGCUGUCAGACUAAGUAAACCUGUUAACAUGGAAUAAAUGAAUAUUUCUUUAGAUGUGACCUUUCAAGUGUAUGCGCAUGAAGUUUUCACAUUAUUGUUUCAAGACAUAUUCUUUCACACACUAAGAAAUGGGUUUUGUUAAUUGAGUCUUUAUUUAUUAUUAAUUUUUUUUCCUGGAAAAAGCUCAAAGGUACAGUGUGUUUCAUUUGGAUAUCAGAACUGUGUCAUGUGACAGUUUAAUGCAGCUUCUCAAAUGGUCAAUAAUAUUUCUGGAUUGAAUGUAAUUUGUUAUGGUGCCUAGCUAUUUCAAAUCAACAGCACAGCACCAUGGGUAGUCACGUGACCAUAGGUCCAUCCAUCCAACCCCUGCAUGUAAGCUGGUGUCAAGUGUCUCACUGAGCAAUCCUUUGCGCAGUGAGGCUGAUAAUGCUGAAACAGAGCUGCAAUAAAAGCUGGUCAAAGGAAAAUGUCUGACUAAAGUUUGCUUAUGUCCUACCAAAAGUAAUUGUCCCUGCAAAUCAGCAAUACUAUCAUUUUGUCACUAAAAAUUUGCAUGGAAACUAAAAAAAAAAAACAGAUUUUUCCUGCACCUUCCCCCGUGGCACGUCUUGCACUCCAGGCCCAGUUUGUGCUUUGUUUGCCCGAAAAACGUGAAAAAAUAGCAGCUUGUCUCCAGGCUUAAGAUGAAAAGGAUACCAAAGUGACCAUUAUUUUUUCAGGUGUUCUGUGCUUGUGCCUUGGCUUACAUAAUGAGUUUGUCGUUGGCAUUGUCCCUAACUGCUCUGGCUAGUAGACAUCAUCAUCUUCAUUUAAGAACCACUGAUGGACUUGCUGUUCCUUGCUUGCCCACUGAAUCCACCAGCCGUUUCCAUCAAAAAGCUGUCAUUGAAGUACCGCCACCACUGCAAGAAAGUGCAUUCACAAAUGGUUCCUGUAAAUUCUGCAGUAGCUCUCGGAUUCUCACACGAGGGAGGAAUAGUCUUGGACAAACAUCACUUAAGCAGGGAGUUAACAGGCAGUUUGGCGAGGACCAGUCAAGAUUUACGUCAGAACAUUUUAGGAGUGUCCUUGAUCCAUAUUCAUAUAGAAUGCCUAUAAUUCCAAAUGGAACAGCCCUCACCGUUGAAAUUGUUCCCAGACUGUCCAAGGACAAAGCCCAUAGAGUUAUUCCCAACUUAUCAUGCGGUCGUUCUUAUUUUCAUUCCAAUUUGUCCUCGCUUAAAGUCCUACUGCAGUCUGCAAAGUUAUCAACAUCAAUUGCGAAAAACUCAAACACAAACUCGAAGAUGACUAUUGCUGAAGGUGACUCUGUCUUUUCUGAGAUUUUACAAAGAAGAAGAAAACUUUUUAACCAUUUGUCUUCAAACCAAAGCUACGUUUGUGUCGCAUAA